CCAGCCCCCGCAGCCCCGCCCAGAUCCUCAUCUCCAUGGAAACAGAGGAGAAGGGAGAGCUGGAAAGGGUCCUCAAUGACCUGGAGCAGGAGAACAGGAAGCUACAAGCCGAGUACGAUCGUCUGAAGAAGGCCCAUGACAGAAAGGGCCUGUCUCCACUGCCGUCACCCCCAGAGAUGCUCCCGGUGUCGCCGCAGAGCGCGCGCGACGCUGAGCUCAUCGCAGAGGCCAAGCUGCUGCGGCAACACAAAGGACGCCUGGAGGCCCGGAUGCAGAUUCUGGAGGACCACAACAAACAGCUGGAGUCCCAGUUGCACAGGCUGAGACAGCUGCUAGAGCAGACGGACUCCAAGGUGAACGGCACAGCUCUGUCCUCUCCCUCCACCUCCUCUCAGCGCUCUGACUCCUCCCUCCCACUGCUCCGCGUGGCUGCCAGCCAGACUACUGAUACAAUGGGUGAUGAUGAGCUCUCCAGCCCCUCCCAAGAUGCAUCUGGGCUGGAGGAAGUGAUGGAACAGCUCAACAAUUCCUUCCCUCAUAGUCAGGGUCCCAGUAUUGGCAGUUUGUUCCACAUGGCCGAUGAUCUGGGCCGUGCCAUGGAGUCAUUGGUCAGCGUGAUGACAGACGAGCAGAGUGCCGAACAGCACGAGGCCCUGCCCUUCUGAUCCUUCUCUCCCAACCUUCACACCCCUGCCUCCCCCCUCCUCCCUCCCUCUCCUCCCUCUCUACCUAUAGCAUGCUUUUCUAGUCAAAACAACUGGAUUGGAAACACAGUUUACAAACAGAAUAUAUAACGUCUAUUUUUGUGAAGGAUUGCCGUUCCAACAAUGCGUAAAAAAAGAAAAACAUAAUAACUUGUAGAUUUCAGUAGUUUCUUAAAACGUCCUGAAGUUGUUUUAUUAUUAACAGAGGCUGGUUUUUAAACUUCUAUGCAACUGUAUAAAACGGGGAGGGGGGCUGAAAUGAGAUACAAAUCAGUGUGUUCAGUGUGGUCAUAUAUUUGCCAUCUCUUUGUAAUUGGGGAAACAGCAAAAGCAUUUCAGGCAUUUGUAUCAAAAAAGAAUGAUUGUAAUCAUAAGGGUGCUUUCUAAGAGGAAACUGUCUUUCAAUAACAGCGUACACUACUGUCAAGGUAAUGCAGGCAUCCUGGUUCUUUACAGUACGUUGUCUAUGAGACUGUGUGUGUGUGUGACUUUAUGUAUGAGUGCGUGUGUGUGUGUGUGUGGUGCCUAAUUUCCACACUACAUUACAGCUUUUUUUUCCCCUUUGGCUGAUAAACCUCAUGUUAUAUUUAAACUUAAUUUUUGCAUUCUUCUACUCAUCCAUCCAUCCAUCCAUCCGUUAUGAGCAUCUCUAUGGCAACAGGAUUUAUCCCUGUAUUUGUUUGAACACAGUGUACUGUGUGCAUAAGCAGAUGUUGUAAAGGCCUGAGUCAGAACAGAGAUAAGUCAACAAGGUCACUUCGGGGCACAUACGGGGCUUUCACCGCCCCGCUAACUUUAAAGCAGGAGUCUUUGACCACUUGUAGCUCUCUGUAGCCAUGUCUUCUCGAGUGGAUCCCCGUUUUGUUUGGAUCUUGUACACAAGGACACAUCACUGUCCUGCAGAUGGGUUCAUGCUAUUUCACUGAUUGACAGUUGGUGGAAGUAACACGCCAAGUAAUGUAGCAAUGUGCCAACAAAGAAAGGGAGGAAGACGACUGCCAGCAAACAGAUCUGAAAAUAGGAGGUUUACUAUUCUUUAAAAACCCAGCUCUGCAAAUGUUCUAUGAGGAAGGAAAUGCUGAGAACUGAGCACUGGGGGUCAACAAAAAUAAGCUUUUCAGAAUAGGGUAUGUAACUCAAGUAGUGAUGAGGCAGCUUCUUCAGUCAUGUGGUUGUCUAUAAAUAAAGUAAACCCUCUGGUCCAUCAGUAUUCUCUGUGGAUGUCUAAUAAUCACCUUUGUAGUUGAAUCCUCACCUUUUAUGAUCAAACUGAUCAUCAGUUGUGAAAGUGUGGAUUUUUCAAAACUCAGUUCAGAAAGAACUUCUUUUUACAGACAAAAACAUCCUUAUUAUUGCACUGGUACAUAGAGAGUAAAGAUUUCAUUGAAUUUGAAAUCACUAAUAUAAUGUCUAAAUAUAUUUUUAGGGCCUGCUGAGUGCACACAGUACACUGUGUAUUUACCUUUCUAAGUUGACAGCUUCGCCCUGUCAGAAUCACUUUAAGAGGAACUUAGAUGAAUGUUAUUUUAACUGAAUCUGAGCAUCACAGUGGUUGGCUAGUUGAGGCUGCUAGCUGAGCUUAUUUUUGAGGAAUAAUGCAUUUUGAACAAGAUUACAAUUUCAAUAAAGAAAUAUUUGAUUUCUAGGAAGCCCAGUAACAUAAGCUCUACCUCGUAUAAAUUGUUAAAGUCUAGUUCUGAGGCAAUUUCUCUACUGUACUCAAUCCUGCACUCUUCUCAGAUUGUUUAUUAUCAAUUGAUUAUUGCUGGCUGAUUGAUUCAUGUCAGAUAUCCUGAUCACUCCUUACAUAUUCUACUGCACUGUAGGAGCCUCCAAUCUGAAUGUUGGGAUGCAUUCGCUGCAUUUCUCAUCUCUGUCAGCGAUUUUCUAUGACUCAAGUAUAAAAACUAGCAUUUUACACAAAUCCAAUCGAUCCGUGUGCACUACUGUCGUACCUGGGAUAUACUAGAUAUUUGUUUUCUGUGUGUGGAGGAUGCAUUUAUUCUAGCAGAGUGUUACAUUUUGUCCUUGGUUAAAAAAAAAAAUUGUUUUGUGCUGUGUGAGGUGUUACAAUAUUAGCAUGUACGACUAAAUAAAAUCCAUCCUUAUUUAAUGUAUAACCACUCAGAGAAGUCUGUGAUGAGAGUUGCAGCAUUGCACUCGUCUGUUUUUGACAUCAUAUUCUUGCAGCAUGAUCCAAGAGGUUUUUGUUUUUGAUCCAGACACUGAAUUUGAUUGAUUUCUUUGUUGUUUUUCAUUUCUAAUGUUUGUUCCAUUAUCACAUCAUUUUUCAAAUAACGCAUCAAUACUUCACAACAUAUCAGAUUCCACCAAAUAUAUGCCUUACUACUGUAUUAUAAAAUGCUUUACUGUAUAUCAAUAAAGCACGCAGUUAUGUUGA